AUGGGUCGUGGUGGGCAUGGUGCACGGUGGCACCAUGAGAAGAUUGGCCAGGGCAUCGGGGCAGGGAGUGGGGCACAUACAGGAGGUUCCCAAGAGUGGGCACCCUUGGGUGCGCAGGUGGAAGAGCCGGGCACCGAGCAUGAGGACCCCGUGGACUGUCGCCAGUGGACCCAGCAUCACCUGGUGGCAGCCGACAUCCGCAUGCCACCCACCAUGGCCCUCACGCCACCCCAGGGCGAGUUCGACUCCGACUGCAUGGACGUCAACGUCCGCGGGCCGGGGAAGUCAGCUCUGCACUGGGCCGCUGCCGUGAACAACAUGGAGGCGACGCUGGCGCUGCUCAAGAACGGGGCCAACAAGGACAUGCAGGACAGCAAGUCUUUCCCUCCCCAUUCCCUUCCAUUCCCCCCCAUUCCCUCCCGGUCUCCUCCAUUCCCUCCCAUUCCUUCCCAUGCCCAUUCCCAUUCCCUCCCAUUCCCAUUCCCCAUUCCCUCCCAUUCCUGCCUAUUCCCAUUCCCUCCCAUUCCCCCAUUCCCUCCCAUUCCUCCCCUGUUCCCGAUGUUGCCGGUACCGGUGUUCCCGGUACCGGCGUUAUGCGAUGUUCCCGAUCCCGGUUUUCCGG